AUGUUCUUCAGAUUUGUUACCUCCGGUGAAAUACGCAAACGCUCGGAAUUUUUUGAACCAUUUAUACUGGGUUUAACCAAUGCGACGGUAGAACAGUUUUGCAAGUCGUCUGUGGAACCAAUGGGUGAAGAGAGUGACCAUGUGCACAUUACAGCCCUGUCUGAUGCAUUGGGUGUGCCAAUUCGUGUUGUUUAUCUAGACCGCAGCUCAUGUGAUAAUGGUGGUGUCAGCGUAAAUCAUCACGAUUUCACUCAUGUCACUGGUGAUCUGCCCGCUGAUGCUGCCACUGUUGGUGACCCUAAGACCAUCAAUCCGUUUAUUACAUUGCUAUACCGACCGGGACACUAUGACAUUCUUUAUCUGAAAUGA